AGCGCGCAGCCGCCGCCGCCAUUUUGUCGGCGGCUUUGAGCGUGUGUGAGGGAGAGUGAGAGGGAAAAUAUAAUUUCCGGGUUGUUGGAUGAGGAAAAAGUUGGAAGCGGCCUCGGAGGAGGAGAAGGAGAAGCGGCGGCUGGGAUCGAGGAGUUAGAGGGAAGGCGGGCGAGGAAGCUACUGGUGGGUCCGGGGGCCGCGGUAUCGAACCCCCACCUCCCGGCCCCGUCCCCGUCCCCCCUACCUCCCUGGGGCUGGAGUAUGUGACCGGGGCAGCAAGGUUUAUGAAUGACCAAGAACAUUGUGUGAAAUACAGCAGAGAUUGAACCACCAGGCAGUGGGAAAAUAUGCCAAUACCUCCGCCACCCCCACCCCCACCUGCUGCACCUCCUCCACCCCCAGCGUUUAAUCAGGCAAAUACAGUUGCAACAAAAUUGAGCCGUGAAGAACACCGCAAUCGAGGGGCACUCUUAUCUGAUAUCACAAAGGGAGCCAGACUCCGAAAAGUGGCCAAUGUAAAUGACAGAAGUGCCCCAAUUCUUGAAACUGUUAAGGGAGGAGGCGGAGGCGGAGGCGGAGGAGGAGGAGGAGGUGGAGGCGGUGGAGGAAGUUCAGGAUCUGCAUCUGGCGGGCCAGUUCCUUUGGGUGGUUUGUUUCAAGGUGGAGUCCCUAAACUUCGCCCAGUGGGGCACAGAGACAAUUCAGAUUCCUCAUCUGGUAAAACUGCACUAAAUCCACCUGGCUCAAGAUCAGCUGCACCUCGACCUCCUCUGAGCAGCAACCGCUACAGUGAUGAAACUGAUUCACAAACCAAGACCUCUCCACCGGCGCUGCCAAGAGUUCACCGGCCUUCAUUACCAGAUCUUUCCAGCUCAUCCCGCCCCAGUAGUGUCGGAGGUGUGAGGCACAGCGCAUCAGCCCCGCCACCUCCUCCUCCAAUCGGAAGACGUACGAAUCCGCCUCCGCCGCCUGUGCACAGCAGCCGAACUCAUUCCAGUGGACCAUACAACAGGGAAAAGCCUUUGCCUCCUACACCAGGACAAAAGGCGCUUGGCACUCGAGAUGGACCUCCUGCCCCACCUCCUGUCAAGCCUCCUCCGUCACCAAUUAAUCCCCGGCUCAGCAGUGUUCAGAGCCAACCUUUGCCACCCCCUCCUCCACCUUACAGGCAACCUCCCCAUGUGCAUAAUGGCCCUUCUACACCUGGGAGCGAGGCCGCCCCAGAAUUGCCGCAGAGACACAAUUCAUUAUCGCGGAAGUCAGCAGGACCAAUGCGGGGAGCUGCUCCUCCCCCUCCAUCUCCUUCACCCUCCCAGAACCGACCACCACCACCUGCCAGGGAUCCGCCAAACCGAGGAGCAGCUCCGCCACCACCUCCGCCUGCAAUGCGGAAUGGAGGCCGCGACGCCGCUCCCCCGCUGCCGCCAUAUAGGGCACCCGCGUCAGACCCUUCACAUCGAGGCAAGCCUCCGCCACCUCCAAUGAGGACCCCUGCACCUCCUCCUCCACCACCACCUUUGAGAAAUGGACACCACCGGGACCCUGUUGGAUCAUCUUCCAAAUCAUUCCUAGAUGACUUUGAAUCAAAAUACUGCUUUCAUCCGAUUGAAGACUUUCCUGCACCGGAGGAGUACCGGCAUUUCCAAAAAACAUACCCAAGUAAGAUGAACAGAGUUGUACGAGGGGCACCACCUCUGCCGCCUGUUGCAAGGUGAUCUGUCACUGUGUGGGUUUGGGAAUUUCCUGCGGUCCCUGUUGGAAGACUGUUGCUUUAGCUUCCUUUCUCUCCCUGGUGUACAGCUCAAGAUCCUUCUCCACUUCACUACAUUGAGGCAAAACCUCCAGAUCUGCUUAGAGCAUGCAUUUCUAAUCCGAGAUUUCCGAGGUUCAUCCUUGACCUUCACAUCUUUCAGCUCCAGCAGUUCUCCUUGCAGUCGGGCUGAGCUAAUGGAAAGUUGACUGGAAUGAGAUGAUUAUUUUUUAAGUUGAUGGGUUACUAGAUGUUUACAACUACCAGCGAUCCAAGAAUGACUCGUCCGGGUUACACUACAAAUCAAAUUGAAACACGUGGAAUAAAUUGUUUUUGGUCUUCGAGGUUAAACUGAAUCUUUAACAGAAGUAUAAUUAUAUCCUUGGACUUCUGGUAGAGUGGUAGAAUCAUGGAACACUUGGGUAAAUAUUGACCAGUUGGUUAUGACUAAAAUUCCCGCACGUUUUUUUGAAUUUUUACUUUAAUAUCUAGCUGGUCCUUGCCUUAUACACUAUGUCAUGCCGUUGGUACCAGAUUUAUUAUUAUGUAUUUACGCUUCACAUACAGGAGCCAUAGUAAUCAUUGUUUAUAAUUCUUUCCUUGUAAGUUGUACAAAAUGCUGUGCAUUGGACACGAUGGGGUUGAUGGAAAACACUAUUUCUCAGAUAACUGACUGGCUUGUUUUGGUUGGGUAAUCUAUCCACCAUCUUUAGUGGGGAGCAGCAGUGCUCAUGUUGUAGGGUGUUGCCCGAGUGAGUCGUUACCCAGCCAUAUACUGGGCAUGGAACGUGCCGAUGUGUGCCCGGGUCAUGCUCCUGGUUGUGUGCUCGGUAUAAGCACUGUGAAAUGCACUGCGCAUUUUUUGUUUUUAAAACUUGUAACUUCUGGCCAAAGCACUUUGAAUUUGGUGGGUUGUUUUAUGUAUUUGUAAUGUGGCUCUUUCAUGCUGUUCCUGGGAACUCUGUACACUGUUCUCUCCAUGGCCUUCAUUCCUAGUGCUACAGUGCCAGCGAGUCUAAAUCACCAAUGAUAGGAACAAUUAUUUCCACCAUAAACAUUCCCUCUUCCAGUCCUGCCACUGCGACCACCGCCACCCGCCCCCCUCUCUCUCUCUCUCUCUCUCUCUCUCUCUGUCUCUCUCUCUCUCUCUCUCUCUCUCUCUCUGCGUUACAUGGAAGUGGCAUUUGAAUUUAAAGGUAAAAGCGUCAAGAGGUAUUGAGCGAUAUAUGGAACAAUCUAAAUUUCGUUUUCUUUCAAGAUUAUAGCAUAUAUAAAGGAGGGAUAGAAUAUAUGAAGCUCUACCACUUAAUCAAUUGAUCACAUGUUGAUUUAUUUUAAUUUUAAAUAUUUUAAUCUUUUUUGAGCCGGCGAAUGUUGAUUUGGUAUAUUAUAUUCCCACUUGCCUGACUGAACUUGGCAGAACACUGACAAGAUUGCUGUAAUAAUUCUAUGCUGAAAUGUUUAGUUUUGUGCUUGAUUUACAAAUGGUGCCUGGUUCAUCAUUUACCGUAGCAACACUGACAUGCACGCCCACCUCCAACUAAAAUAAAAAACAUACAAAUAUUCCUGGACAUUUUUAAUAUUAUGAACGAUAUUUUGUUAAAUUUGAAAUCGUGCGUUGCCUUACAUUGUUUUUGAAAUUGUUAAUUGGCACAACCUAAUAGCAACUUGUAUCACAAAAUUCAUAGAAAAAUUUGAAUGCGCCUACUUUAAAAAAAUAAAAAGAAUCUGCAAUGCCAGGUUCAUUUGAUGAAUGUGGAAACACCUAUUUUCAUAAUUGUCGCUGUAUAUGACAGUGAUUUCAAGAUCUUUCUCUUGAAUAAAAAAAACCCCAAGCAAUGUAUUUCAACAUUAUUCUGAUGUGUGUGCAGAAAUACUGUAUGAAUGUGCAAUAAAACAAUAAUUUGGCUGCCAUUUUAAAGAAACGUAGAACACGGAACCAGUGACUCCCUCUGCUGUGCAGUUUUAGUGACGUCAAUUAUCUGUUUGGACUGUGUGUGGAUUCAAAGCAUCUGCUUAGAUGAACCAGGUAUUCUCAUUCCUACAUAUGAUACCUUUUCAAAUUCACAAUUGUGAGGUAUCAUUGGCAGGUAAUAUGAAAAUAAAUGUGUGUGUGUGUGUGUGU